AUGAGUGAUCUCGAAGCAAUGGAGUCUGAAUCUCCCAACAUCCCUGCUCCCAGAGAUAUCCAACUCCCCUCCAACGUCCCAGCCCUCGAUCAAAUCCUCUCAGCAAACGACUUUGCACUCGCUGCGCAGAAAGCUCUCACACCAAAAGCAUGGGCCUUUUACUCUUCGGCGGCUACGGAUCUCGUGACAGUGACAAACAACCGUGAACUCAUCCGCAGAGUUAUGCUUCGACCAAGAAUUCUAAGAAAUGUUUCGCAAGUCAAGAUCAACCGCAAAAUUUUGGGGUUGCAGAGUAAAGCGCCAUUCUUCAUGUGUCCGGCUGCUAUGGCGACGCUGGCGCAUCCCGAUGGUGAACUUGGUUGGAGUAGAGCUGCUGCCAGCGAAGGCAUCUUUGAGAUUAUCUCUAGCAACGCCUCUUAUUCCCUUCCCAGUAUCAUCGGCGCAGCUUCCCCAGGCCAUCCCUUCUUCCUCCAACUCUACGUCAAUUCGAACCGUCCCAAAACCGUACAACUCCUCAACCGCGCUCGUUCUCUCGGUAUAAAAGCGAUAUUUGUCACCGUCGAUGCCCCUGUUCCAGGCAAGCGCGAAGCCGACGAGCGCGCGCCACAAGCCGUCGUCAUCAAAUCCGAGAUGAGCGGUAGCGAGAGCAGCAAAGAUGGCAAGGGUAGCGGUUUAGGACGUCUUAUGGGACAGUACAUCGACAAGAGCCUUUCUUGGGAGGAUCUCGAAUGGAUAAGACGAGAGAGUUCUGUGCCGAUUGUGUUGAAGGGUGUGCAGACGGUAGAGGAUGUCAAGUUGGCUGUUGAGUAUGGUGUUGAUGGCGUUAUGUUGAGUAACCAUGGAGGAAGGUCGCUUGACGGUGCCCAAGCUUCUAUUCUUGUCCUUCUAGAAGUCCGAAAACGCUACCCUGAAGCAUUUGAUCACCUCGAGAUCUUUAUCGACGGCGGCUUUGAGCGUGGAUCUGAUAUCCUAAAAGCCAUCGCGCUGGGCGCCACAGCUGUCGGGAUUGCAAGACCAUUUUUGUAUUCCUUGGUAUAUGGUCAAAAGGGCGUUGAACAUCUAUCACAGAUCUUGAAAGAUGAGCUCGAAACUUCAAUGAGACUUGCUGGUAUUACAAGUCUGGAUCAAGCAACACCUGCUCUUGUGAAUACUCUGGAUAUAGAUCAUCUAGUUACAUCUGGACGCAUUGAACCGGUUUCAGUAUCGAGAAAAGUGCGGCCUUCAAAGCUAUAG